CUCACCUUCAUUUCGGUAACGGUCAAAAUUCCGAUAAGGCCGGAGCCGAGACCAAACCCACCACUGCCAUGGCCUCCUCCGCCACCGCCUUCCUCUGCAACCACGCCGCCGCAUUCACCUCACCUUCCUUUCCCGCCAGAGCCAGAACCCCCCUCCGGAGGCCGAGGAGGAGCUCUCUCAAACCAACCGCCGUCACCGCCAAGCUGGACCAGAACACGGCGCUGCAGUACCGGAAGCUCGGCGACUCGGACCUCGAAAUCAGCGAGAUCACCCUGGGCACUAUGACGUUCGGUCAGCAAAGCUCGGAGAAAGAAGCUCACGAAAUUCUCGGCUACGCUUUCGACAACGGCAUCAACAUCUUGGACACCGCCGAGGCCUAUCCUAUACCAAUGAAGAAGGAGACGCAGGGAUUCACUGACCUCUACAUUGCCAGCUGGCUCAAGUCGCAGCAGCGCGACAAGAUUGUUUUGGCAACAAAAGUAUGUGGGUAUUCGGAGAGGGCUAGUUACCUGCGUGACGAUGCAAAGCUCACGAGGGUGGAUGCUGCCAACAUUAGAGAGAGUGUGGAGAAAAGCCUUAAGAGACUUGGUACGGAUUACAUUGAUCUAUUACAGAUUCAUUGGCCAGAUCGCUAUGUGGCAUUAUUUGGUGAGUAUUGCUAUGAUCCUUCCAAAUGGAGGCCAAGUAUGCCAUUUGUGGAGCAACUGAAGGCUCUUAAAGAAAUGGUUGAUGAAGGAAAGGUACGUUAUAUUGGUGUUUCCAAUGAGACUUCAUACGGAGUGAUGGAGUUUGUGCAUACUGCUAAAGUUGAAGGACUACCAAAGAUCGUCAGUAUCCAAAACAAUUACAGUCUGCUUGUAAGAACUCAUUUUGAAAUUGAUCUUGUUGAAGUUUGCCUCCCACAACAUCACAACAUUGGGUUACUAGCUUAUUCUCCCCUUGCUGGAGGAGCUCUGACUGGAAAGUACAUCGAUAGCAAUUCUGAUUCUGCAAAAAAAGGGAGGUUGAACCUCUUCCCAGGGUACAUGGAACGAUAUAACAAAUCCAUUUCCAGGGAAGCAACAAUGAAGUACAUGGAAGUUGCCAAAAAACAUGGGUUAACUCCAGUUCAGCUUGCACUUGGAUUUGCAAGGGAUCGUCCAUUCAUGACUAGUUCCAUCAUUGGUGCAACUUCUGUCGACCAACUGAAGGAAGACAUCGAUGCUUUUCUGUCAACCGAAAGACCUUUCCCACCAGAACUGAUGACUGAUAUUGAAGACAUUUACAAGAGAUACAGAGAUCCUACCAUAUUUUGAAAGUUAUGAUUAUAUCCUAGUUUUAUAUGUAGAUUAUUGAUACAAAGGACUUCUGGGUAAGUUUAGGUGACUCGAUAGCAAUGAGUUAACAAUCCCACCAUACAUGACCCU